AUCAAGAGGCACACGAGCUAUUGCAGGUGCAAAGCUGGAUUGUGGGCUAGUCGCUGCUGAGGAUAAAACACACCGCUCAUGACCAGCUGAACCACAUUGACGAAAGAUGUGGUAAUCUGUCACAUGUCCUAAACUUCAACAGCAGUAUUAUGUAAAACGUUUCAAAGAUGGCGUCUGCAAAUGCCACAUACGGACAGGAGUCCUCGGACCAGAACUUUGAUUACAUGUUUAAAAUCCUCAUCAUUGGCAACAGCAGCGUAGGAAAGACAUCCUUCCUCUUCCGCUAUGCAGACGACUCAUUCACGCCAGCCUUUGUCAGCACAGUGGGCAUCGACUUCAAGGUGAAGACCAUCUACAGGAACGACAAGAGGAUAAAGCUGCAGAUAUGGGACACUGCUGGCCAGGAGCGCUACAGGACAAUCACCACAGCUUACUACAGAGGAGCCAUGGGCUUCAUCCUCAUGUAUGACAUCACCAACGAGGAGUCCUUCAACGCCGUCCAAGACUGGUCGACCCAGAUCAAGACGUACUCAUGGGACAAUGCCCAGGUCCUCUUGGUGGGGAACAAGUGUGAUAUGGACGAUGAACGAGUGGUGGCCUCAGAGAGGGGCCGACAGCUGUCAGAACAGCUCGGUUUUGAGCACUUCGAAGCGAGCGCUAAAGAUAACAUUAACGUGAAGCAGACCUUCGAGCGGCUGGUGGACAUCAUCUGUGAGAAGAUGUCAGACAGUCUGGACAACAACGACCCGACUGUCACCGGCUCUAAACAGGGACCGCAGCUCACCGAGCAGCCACAGAGGUCCACUCAGGAUUGUGCAUGCUAAACAUGACCCCACACACACACACACACACACUGUCUGCUGUCCUAAAAUCCUCACAACUUGUUUUAGGUUUGUCUCUUACUUUCUUUUCAUUCUCAUACACACAGUUAUUUCACACAGACACUGGCACACAGAGAAACACAACCUGACGUCUUAGACUCUCCGCCCCUGUCGCUACACCAAGAGCAUCGUCCACAUUUCAGAGAUACAGAGAUUAUGUGAUGGUGCUAACUUAGUUAGAGGGGUGAAGAAGAAAUAACAGAGGUACAAUCCCAGCUUGUCUUUCUUUCUUACUUAAACAUGUUUAUUUACACACACACACACACACAAUCCUUAUCUUAACAGACUUAUAAAAGGCCGGUUAAGGCUGAAACUCCAUCAUUCCUUGUUGACGUGUCUGCAAUUGGGUUUUACUAUAACAGGAUGUGGAUCCUCCAAUCACAGGCCCCACUCAGCACUAACGCCUCAAACCUAAAUGGAUACAAAUUAGUUUUACUUUCAGUCACUUUGAAAAUAUAGGUUUGUUACCGUGGAUAGCGUUGCUGUUUUUUUAAAAACAUUUUUAAGUUAGUUGGGUGUGGUUUUGAGCAUGUGAAAUCACCGGCCCUCGUCAGUGUUGUGAUUGAGUUUCUACAAAUAGUUACGCUCAAAGUUUGAUGUCCAGACGGAGUCAUUUGAAAAAAAUCUUUUAAUUUUAGGAUUAAAUAUAAGAAUAGCAGAGGUGAUGUUUAUCAGCUGCUGGUCAACUUAUUCUUAUUCGUUUUCAUUUUUGGCCCCUUUCCCCAAUUUUUUACUUUUAGUGAAAUUGGAUGGCAGUGUCGGUACUUUUUUGUAACUAUUUUUUAAGACAAUCGACAGAAUAGAAAGAUAAGGGAUGUCCCAAAUUGAGAAGAGUGUAUAAAUGUUUAAACGUCAAUAGAUAUGCAUAUAUAAUAUAUACAAACAUGAAUAAGUAUAUUAUACAAUAAUGAUUUAGGGUAUUGGGUUCCUACGUGUGCUUUCGUGAGAGGUGCAUGAUGUUGUUUCAAGCGAUUCUGGUUUAUCGGAUGGUUAUUUGUAUGAGCUGCUGUCCUACAGUUUCAGUACUUGGAGGUAUCAAAUGGUUCUAAAGGUUCCACAUGUUAAGCUCACAACCCCCUUCUCAUUGUAUUUACAUGUCAUUCACUGCACACAGCGUGUAACAUGCACUCACUAGAAAGGCAUGUGAUUCAGUGUGAGCGCUGCUAUACCACAGACCUCUACAUCAACUUCAGAUAGUCACUUAUGUCGUGGUGGAAGAUAUUUUCAUCUCCACGUUAUGGGGGAACCUUAUGUUUUUAAGCAUGUUAAAUGUCAAAUUGUGAGUUCUCUCUCUGAUGCUACGGAUCGGGAUUUGUCUGCUCGUGUAAUACAGUACAAAAUCGUAUGUAAGUCAUGCAAGGCAUGCGGAAAUAUUUUCAACAUUUUAAGUUAUUUCAAAAUAAAGCUUAUUUAUUUUGUAUUAUUUAUAACUUCAUUUACUUUUGAGAUGAUGUUCUUCCUAGAUUAUGCAUUGCAGUCUGCACCAUACUUUUUAAAGGAGAUGUUCAAUAGUAUUCGAUUGCUUAAACUCUAGUUUCCAGUUUAAGAGUCUCUUAUUAUAUCAGCACAGCUUUGGUGGGAAGUUUGUUUGUCUUUUGAUAUCAGUUAUGUAACUUCCAAGACUUGGUAGUGUAAAAGCAGACUGUUCUCUCAGAGCAAUAGGAGUCAUUUCUCUCCACACCCAAAUAUGAGCAAUGUACUAUCCUGCUGAAGGUUUGUAAUGUACGCGGGUUAGCGAAUGUACAGUUUCUGUAAAGGCUUAACAAUUGUUCUUUCUGAAGUCAUCUCAACAUUAGACUUUUGUGAGACUUGCACUAACGUGUGCGGUAAUGUUUUCCUUCUCUGUGCAGGAGUUUCAAAGAGGGAAACUGGGAAGUAAAGGGAAUACUCUGAACACUUUGUUAAAACGCUGAUUCUUACUGCAGUGGUUCACUUUUGACUUUUGUUACUUUAUUUAUUGUGUUUUGCUACAGAUGUAAACUUGCCAGUGACUUAGGAACACUUCUCGAUCCUGUUCAGCUCUCCUCCUCUUCUUCUUCCUCCCUCCCCAUAAAUAACUCUUGUAAAUAGGACUUUUCUGCCUGUCGGCUAUUAGUUGUGUGAAUUGUGCUGUAAUUCUGUAAUGUCAGAUUUGCUAAAAUGAGGAAUCAAUAAACAAAUUCUAAAAGCU